AUUUUUAUCAAUAUUAAGGACGAGUAUUUUACGAGGGCCUCGGGGUUUCGUAAUGUUACGAGUUGAUUCCUGUAGUGCGUGACGUAACUUGCCUUUAAAACACAUCAGUUGCUUCACAACGGACGUCGAUAGUUCAAAGUAUCGAAUCUGUACUCGUGUACUAUCGUUACUGUCGCACAGGAAGACUCAUUGUUAGACAAGUUAUUACAUACCUAAGAAGUAGUCCUGUCAUUGGUGGAAUUCUUUGUGUACUAGGAAAGAACUAAGGGAUUCAGCGCGUAGUUCCUUUGAUUGUCCAUUUUUGGACGUCCGUUUCAGAUCAUAUUGUAAGACGGUGUAUAUAAAGCCGUCACUACUUCAUCCGCCAAGAUUGAGGCCUUUAUUAUGGCAAUAUUGAACUCCGAGAAAGGUAUCCUCAAAGAGGGGUACCUUUUUAAACAAAGUAGGCAUGUAUGGAAGCUAUGGAAAGCACGGUACUUCGUGCUCCAAACAAAUGGCUUGGUAUAUUACAAAGAAAAAAGUGACUUGGAGUGCGCUGGAAGGCCCCUAGGAGUUUUAACAUUUCGAGAUAUGUCAAUGCACAUCGAAGAAGUUGGCGAAAAGAAGCGAAAGUACUGUUUAAAGAUUCACUCGGAAGGAAAAAACUAUCUUCUAUGUUGUUUYUCCGAGGAGGAGAGGAAUGGCUGGAUGACGGCGAUUCUCACUGCUGUUACUUCUUAUUUACUUGCUGUUCGUGAUGGUGCUUCUGAGGUGGAAAUGCAUGGACUAUCUGGCGAACCUCUGCCUAGGUCGAUAUCUUGUGAGGCUCUUUCAAGCUUGUCUCUCAAGGGCUUAGCUCACACUCGUAACAGACUCGGGUUUGGAAGCAGCGGAGACCUUGAUCGUAUAUCAAAACACGCAAACCCGGCGACUUCAACUCGACCACGAAGUCAGRUCCUUGCGCCGCUUUCCAAACGAAAGCUUAAAGCGUUUUCAAUGUGGGAGACAACGAAAUGGAGAGACAGUUAUAUUAACUUCUCAGAGAUGUAAAGAGAGGUGCUAUUGUACCAUAAUUGAUAACUGUCGCCAMGAGGGCUCGACUUAUAGAACAAUAUGUCAGUUGUUUACAAUGUAUACUUCUGUCCAACACCUUAUGGAUCAAUUUUUARCGUUUUAACUGUUCAAAUUUUAAUUUAUUUGCUGCUUUAUUGUGCUCAGAUGUUCUUGAAUUACACGCAAUCUACAGUGAUUGAUCGAAGUGCAACAAAGAACAUCGUGUUCCUUGAUAUUGCGUCCAUUGCUUGAUCGCUGAACUGUUAUUAUUUUGACACACUUGUAAAUAACAAAGCAAGUAUGCAUUUAUUAUAUCAAAAAAAUAUAGAAACCAAGACUAAGAAGAAAUAAAUUAAUAAUUUAUUAUUUUAUCAUAGGAGUUGUUAGAUAACAAAUAAAAUAUAUAAGAUGA